AUGCACUGCAACCAAUCAAUGUCCACUGCAACCAAUCAAUGUCCACUGCAACCAAUCAAUGUCCACUGCAACCAAUCAAUGUAUACCAAGCCACCCAAUCAAUGUCCACUGCAACCAAUCAAUGUCCACUGCAACCAAUCAAUGUACACUGCAACCAAUCAAUGUCCACUGCAACCCAAUCAAUGUCCACUGCAACCAAUCAAUGUCCACUGCAACCAAUCAAUGUACACUGCAACCAAUCAAUGUCCACUGCAACCAAUCAAUGUCCACUGCAACCAAUCAAUGUCCACUGCAACCAAUCAAUGUACACCAACCAAUAAUGUCAACUGCAACCAAUCAAUGUCCACUGCAACCAAUCAAUGUCCACUGCAACCAAUCAAUGUCCACUGCAACCAAUCAAUGAACCACUGCAACCAAUCAAUGUCCACUGCAACCAAUCAAUGUCCACUGCAACCAAUCAAUGUCCACUGCAACCAAUCAAUGUCCACUGCAACCAAUCAAUGUCCACUGGAACCAAUCAAUGUCCACUGCAACCAAUCAAUGUACACUGCAACCAAUACCACUGCAACCAAUCAAUGUCACUGCACUGCACCAAUCAAUGUCCACUGCAACCAAUCAAUGUCCACUGCAACCAAUCAAUGUACACUGCAACCAAUCAAUGUCCACUGCAACCAAUCAAUGUCCACUGCAACCAAUCAAUGUCCACUGCAACCAAUCAAGUCCACUGCAACCAAUCAAUGUCCACUGCAACCAAUCAAUGUCCACUGCAACCAAUCAAUGUCCACUGCAACCAAUCAAUGUACACUGCAACCAAUCAAUGUCCACUGCAACCAAUCAAUGUCCACUGCAACCAAUCAAUGUCCACUGCAACCAAUCAAUGUCCACUGCAACCAAUCAAUGUCCACUGCAACCAAUCAAUGUCCACUGCAACCAAUCAAUGUACACUGCAACCAAUCAAUGUCCACUGCAACCAAUCAAUGUCCACUGCAACCAAUCAAUGUCCACUGCAACCAAUCAAUGUACACUGCAACCAAUCAAUGUCCACUGCAACCAAUCAAUGUCCACUGCAACCAAUCAAUGUACACUGCAACCAAUCAAUGUACACUGCAACCAAUCAAUGUCCACUGCAACCAAUCAAUGUCCACUGCAACCAAUCAAUGUCCACUGCAACCAAUCAAUGUACACUGCAACCAAUCAAUGUACACUGCAACCAAUCAAUGUCCACUGCAACCAAUCAAUGUCCACUGCAACCAAUCAAUGUACACUGCAACCAAUCAAUGUACCACUGCAACCAAUCAAUACACUGCACCACAUCCACUGCAACCAAUCAAUGUCCACUGCAACUCAACAGUCACUGCAACCAAUCAAUGUACCACUGCAACCAAUCAAUGUACACUGCAACCAAUCAAUGUCCACUGCAACCAAUCAAUGUCCACUGCAACCAAUCAAUGUCCACUGCAACCAAUCAAUGUCCACUGCAACCAAUCAAUGUACACUGCAACCAAUCAAUGUACACUGCAACCAAUCAAUGUCCACUGCAACCAAUCAAUGUCCACUGCAACCAAUCAAUGUACACUGCAACCAAUCAAUGUACACUGCAACCAAUCAAUGUCCACUGCAACCAAUCAAUGUACACUGCAACCAAUCAAUGUCCACUGCAACCAAUCAAUGUCCACUGCAACCAAUCAAUGUCCACUGCAACCAAUCAAUGUACCUGCAACCAAUCAAUGUACACUGCAACCAAUCAAUGUCCAUGCAACCAAUCAAUGUCCACUGCAACCAAUCAAUGUCCACUGCAACCAAUCAAUGUCCACUGCAACCAAUCAAUGUCCACUGCAACCAAUCAAUACCACUGCAACCAAUCAAUGUCCACUGCAACCAAUCAAUGUCCACUGCAACCAAUCAAUGUCCACUGCAACCAAUCAAUGUACCACUGCAACCAAUCAAUGUCCACUGCAACCAAUCAAUGUCCACUGCAACCAAUCAAUGUCCACUGCAACCAAUCAAUGUCCACUGCAACCAAUCAAUGUACACUGCAACCAAUCAAUGUCCACUGCAACCAAUCAAUGUACCACUGCAACCAAUCAAUGUCCACUGCAACCAAUCAAUGUCCACUGCAACCAAUCAAUGUCCACUGCAACCAAUCAAUGUCCACUGCAACCAAUCAAUGUCCACUGCAACCAAUCAAUGUCCACUGCAACCAAUCAAUGUCCACUGCAACCAAUCAAUGUCCACUGCAACCAAUCAAUGUCCACUGCAACCAAUCAAUGUCCACUGCAACCAAUCAAUGUCCACUGCAACCAAUCAAUGUACACUGCAACCAAUCAAUGUCCACUGCAACCAAUCAAUGUCCACUGCAACCAAUCAAUGUCCACUGCAACCAAUCAAUGUCCACUGCAACCAAUCAAUGUCCACUGCAACCAAUCAAUGUACACUGCAACCAAUCAAUGUACACUGCAACCCAAUCAAUGUACCACUGCAACCAAUCAAUGUCCACUGCAACCAAUCAAUGUCCACUGCAACCAAUCAAUGUCCACUGCAACCAAUCAAUGUCCACUGCAACCAAUCAACGUCCACUGCAACCAAUCAAUGUCCACUGCAACCAAUCAAUGUCCACUGCAACCAAUCAAUGUCCACUGCAACCAAUCAAUGUCCACUGCAACCAAUCAAUGUCCACUGCAACCAAUCAAUGUCCACUGCAACCAAUCAAUGUCCACUGCAACCAAUCAAUGUACCACUGCAACCAAUCAAUGUCCACUGCAACCAAUCAAUGUCCACUGCAACCAAUCAAUGUCCACUGCAACCAAUCAAACACGAACCAAAUCAAUCAGUCCACUGCAACCAAUCAAUGUCCACUGCAACCAAUCAAUGUACACUGCAACCAAUCAAUGCCACUGCAACCAAUCAAGUCACUGCAACCAAUCAAUGUCCACUGCAACCAAUCAAUGUCCACUGCAACCAAUCAAUGUCCACUGCAACCAAUCAAUGUCCACUGCAACCAAUCAAUGUCCACUGCAACCAAUCAAUGUCCACUGCAACCAAUCAAUGUACACUGCAACCAAUCAAUGUACACUGCAACCAAUCAAUGUCCACUGCAACCAAUCAAUGUCCACUGCAACCAAUCAAUGUCCACUGCAACCAAUCAAUGUACACUGCAACCAAUCAAUGUACACUGCAACCAAUCAAUGUCCACUGCAACCAAUCAAUGUCCACUGCAACCAAUCAAUGUACACUGCAACCAAUCAAUGUACACUGCAACCAAUCAAUGUCCACUGCAACCAAUCAAUGUCCACUGCAACCAAUCAAUGUCCACUGCAACCAAUCAAUGUCCACUGCAACCAAUCAAUGUACACUGCAACCAAUCAAUGUCCACUGCAACCAAUCAAUGUCCACUGCAACCAAUCAAUGUACACUGCAACCAAUCAAUGUACACUGCAACCAAUCAAUGUACACUGCAACCAAUCAAUGUCCACUGCAACCAAUCAAUGUCCACUGCAACCAAUCAAUGUCCACUGCAACCAAUCAAUGUCCACUGCAACCAAUCAAUGUACACUGCAACCAAUCAAUGUACACUGCAACCAAUCAAUGUCCACUGCAACCAAUCAAUGUCCACUGCAACCAAUCAAUGUACACUGCAACCAAUCAAUGUACACUGCAACCAAUCAAUGUCCACUGCAACCAAUCAAUGUCCACUGCAACCAAUCAAUGUCCACUGCAACCAAUCAAUGUCCACUGCAACCAAUCAAUGUCCACUGCAACCAAUCAAUGUACACUGCAACCAAUCAAUGUCCACUGCAACCAAUCAAUGUCCACUGCAACCAAUCAAUGUCCACUGCAACCAAUCAAUGUACACUGCAACCAAUCAAUGUCCACUGCAACCAAUCAAUGUCCACUGCAACCAAUCAAUGUCCACUGCAACCAAUCAAUGUACACUGCAACCAAUCAAUGUCCACUGCAACCAAUCAAUGUCCACUGCAACCAAUCAAUGUCCACUGCAACCAAUCAAUGUCCACUGCAACCAAUCAAUGUACACUGCAACCAAUCAAUUACACUGCAACCAAUCAAUGUACACUGCAACCAAUCAAUGUCCACUGCAACCAAUCAAUGUCCACUGCAACCAAUCAAUGUCCACUGCAACCAAUCAAUGUCCACUGCAACCAAUCAAUGUCCACUGCAACCAAUCAAUGUCCACUGCAACCAAUCAAUGUCCACUGCAACCAAUCAAUGUCCACUGCAACCAAUCAAUGUCCACUGCAACCAAUCAAUGUCCACUGCAACCAAUCAAUGUCCAUUGCAACCAAUCAAUGUCCACUGCAACCAAUCAAUGUCCACUGCAACCAAUCAAUGUACACUGCAACCAAUCAAUGUCCACUGCAACCAAUCAAUGUCCACUGCAACCAAUCAAUGUCCACUGCAACCAAUCAAUGUCCACUGCAACCAAUCAAUGUCCACUGCAACCAAUCAAUGUCCACUGCAACCAAUCAAUGUCCACUGCAACCAAUCAAUGUCCACUGCAACCAAUCAAUGUCCACUGCAACCAAUCAAUGUCCACUGCAACCAAUCAAUGUCCACUGCAACCAAUCAAUGUCCACUGCAACCAAUCAAUGUCCACUGCAACCAAUCAAUGUCCACUGCAACCAAUCAAUGUCCACUGCAACCAAUCAAUGUCCACUGCAACCAAUCAAUGUCCACUGCAACCAAUCAAUGUCCAUUGCAACCAAUCAAUGUCCACUGCAACCAAUCAAUGUCCACUGCAACCAAUCAAUGUCCACUGCAACCAAUCAAUGUCCACUGCAACCAAUCAAUGUACACUGCAACCAAUCAAUGUACACUGCAACCAACUCAAUGUCCACUGCAACCAAUCAAUGUCCACUGCAACCAAUCAAUGUCCACUGCAACCAAUCAAUGUCCACUGCAACCAAUCAAUGUCCACUGCAACCAAUCAAUGUCCACUGCAACCAAUCAAUGUCCACUGCAACCAAUCAAUGUCCACUGCAACCAAUCAAUGUCCACUGCAACCAAUCAAUGUCCACUGCAACCAAUCAAUGUCCACUGCAACCAAUCAAUGUCCACUGCAACCAAUCAAUGUACACUGCAACCAAUCAAUGUACACUGCAACCAAUCAAUGUACACUGCAACCAAUCAAUGUCCACUGCAACCAAUCAAUGUCCACUGCAACCAAUCAAUGUCCACUGCAACCACUCAAUGUCCACUGCAACCAAUCAAUGUCCACUGCAACCAAUCAAUGUCACUGCAACCAAUCAAUGUCCACUGCAACCAAUCAAUGUACACUGCAACCAAUCAAUGUACACUGCAACCAAUCAAUGUCCAUUGCAACCAAUCAAUGUACACUGCAACCAAUCAAUGUACACUGCAACCAAUCAAUGUCCACUGCUCGCCGCUGACCACAGCUUCCCCCAUGCAUUGUCUCAUUAG